CUUUCACUCAUUGAUGUCUGAACUACUUCUGGGUCUCUCUCUUUUCUUUCCAUUUCAAAAAAAGAAAAAAGAAAAAAGAAAAAAAAGCUAUCUUUCUCUCUCUUAGAGAAAAAAAGAGAGGCAAAAAUGUCUUCUCCAAGCAAACGCAGGGAGAUGGAUUUGAUGAAACUGAUGAUGAGUGAUUAUAAGGUGGAGAUGGUCAAUGAUGGCAUGCAAGAAUUCUAUGUUGAAUUCAAUGGACCAAAAGACAGUCCUUAUCAGGGAGGCUUGUGGAGGAUAAGAGUAGAACUGCCAGAUGCUUAUCCUUAUAAAUCUCCUUCUAUUGGCUUUAUCAACAAGAUCUAUCAUCCAAAUGUUGAUGAAAUGUCAGGUUCAGUUUGUUUAGACGUUAUCAACCAAACUUGGAGCCCCAUGUUUGAUCUGGUAAAUGUAUUUGAAGUGUUUCUUCCUCAGCUCCUUUUGUAUCCAAAUCCAUCUGAUCCAUUGAAUGGAGAAGCUGCUGCUCUUAUGAUGCGCGAUCGCACUGCUUAUGAACAAAGGGUGAAAGAAUACUGUGAGAAGUAUGCGAAACCAGAGGAUGUUGGGAUAAAACCAGAAGAAAAAUCAAGUGAUGAGGAGCUGAGUGAUGAUGAUUAUGGCUCUGAGGAUGAGCAAGUUGCUGGCAAAGCUGAUCCUUAAUUGCUGCUGCAAGCAAUCUUAUCUAUAGAUGAUAUUCAGCUAUUGGAAAAUGAAAUCCAGAGAGGCUUAUGGAAAAAUUCCUACACCUUCUGUCUUUAUUUUCCAUGGAUGUUUGUGUAAAUUACUCAACUCUGGAUAAUGCCUUUAUUAUUCAUUUAUUGUUGUGAUGAAGUUGCUUGCACCCUUGAAAGUCUUCUAUGGCCUAGGUUGAGUGGCAUCAAGAAUUUCUGAUAAAUACCCAAAGAAAAAUUCACAGGGUCAUACUUGGGAUUAAGCUAUCAAACAAAGAUGGAGAACUGGGAAAUCUAGACGACCUAUGCAUCUAAGGAAUGUAGCAGCUUUAGGAAGGCAUGUCUGGGACUUGGUGAGCUUGAAGCACCUGAACUUCUGGGGGAUUACGAAGCCUUAUGAUUGUGUUUGUAAUUGGAGUUGGAAGUUAGCUACUCUUAGAGCUAAGAUUAUUAGGUUCUUAGUAUGGUUAUCAUCACGAUGUAUCCUUUGUGACUCACUUCAUGUGGAAAUCGAAUGGUAUGCAGAAUACAUGUA